GCCGGCCACCGGAAGCCGAGCGCCGGGUCCUCCGCGAUCCCAGGCGCCCCCGCGCCACGCCCACAUCCGGCCGCUCUAGCCGCCGCCCUCCUCGCUGGUGCGCCGCGUCCGGUGUCAUGGCGGCCGUCGAGCUGGCAGCCGCUGCCCCCGGGCCGGGAGGGAGUCGCUGAGGCGGGGCGUCCGCCGGCGGUCGGCAGUCGCGGGGAUGCGCAGCGGGGCCGCGGGGGCGCCGGGGUCACUGCGGGCGGAGCGCGGGGCCAGGCCUCUGUGUCCCUAAAGCGCCGCGGGCGGGGUCCGCGCCGGGCACCCCGGUGCCCCUUCCUGUCCGGGGGUCUGUCCGGGGUCCUGUCCGGGGGUCUGUCCGGGGGUCUGUCCGGGGGUCUGUCCGGGGUCUGUCCAGGGGUCUGUCUCAGGAGUCUGUCCUGGGUCCUGUCCGGGGGUCUGUGUCAGGGUCUCUCCGGGGUCCCGUCCGGGCGUCUGUCCGGGCGGCUGUGGGCGGCCGGCGUUCCGAUCCUGUCGCCUGUCGCCUGUCGCCACCGGCCGCCGCGAUGUCGUGGCUGGAGAACCUGGGCUCGGGCCUCGGCCACUCUCUGGGGCAGGUGGGCGGCAGCCUGGCCUCCCUCACCGGCCAGCUCUCCACCUUCACCAAGGACAUGCUGCUGGAGGACGCGGCCGGCGCGGGCGCGGGGCUGCCGUAUGCUGCGGGAACAGACGUGGAAGCAGCUCACACAGUCUUGAGAUCAGAGAAUGAGAGACUGAAACGACUGUGUGCUGAUCUGGAGGAGAAGCUUGAAGCCGCAGAGCUGCAGAUGAAGCAGCAGUCCACAAGCUACCGCAGCCAGCUACAGCAGAAAGAGGUGGAGAUCAGCCACCUCAGAGCAAGACAGACAGCACUGCAGGAGGAGUUGCAGAAGCUGCGGGCGGCGGCUCGGCCUGUCACCGUGGGCGCUGGCGUGCCGGCGAGCGCUGCUUCCUCCUCACUCACCUACGGGGCCGGUCCCCACGCCUCAGUGUUCCACGACAGCGACAUGGACUUCAGCGACAUCAUUUCAUCCCAACAAGAAAUAAACAGACUGUCAAGUGAAGUUUCCAGACUCGAGUCUGAAGUUGGUCACUGGAGGCACAUUGCUCAGACUUCUAAAGCACAAGGAUCAAACAACUCUGACCAAAGUGAAAUUUGUAAACUUCAAAAUGUCAUUAAGGAACUUAAGCAGAAGCGGAGUCAGGACCUCGACGACCAUCAGCACGAGAUGUCUGCCCUGCAGAAUGCGCACCAGCAGAAGCUGACAGAGAUCAGCCGCCGGCAUCAGGAGGAGCUGACAGACUAUGAGGGGCGGAUUGAAGAGCUGGAAAGCCUGUUACAGCAAGGUGAAACAGGGGACCAUGAAAUGGGAAAGACGAUUCAGUUUCUACAAAAUGAAAAAGUUGAAUCUACAAGAAAAAUUGAAGAGCUGGAAGAUAAAAUUAAGAAUAUAAGUGAAAAAUUAUCUUCUUCAGAAAAUGACAGAGCUGUGUUGAGGAGAGAACAAGAACCACUAGUUGUGGAAAGCAGGCAGAUAAUAGAAGAAUGUGAAGCCGUGAAGUUGGAAUAUAGGAAGCUAGAACCCUGUGCUGUGGAAGAGUCUACAUCUGUGGCAGUACAGGGAGUCGAGGUUGCUCCUGAUGCUGAAGACGAAGUAAGGACAUUGAAUAACUUACACCAGGAGAAGCUUGUUGAAGAUAAUCUAAAAUUUAAAACACGUGUCCAGCUUUUAGAAAAAGAACACAUGUUAUUGAGUCAAGAGAAGGAAGAACUUCAGAAGUCACUUGUAAAAGUGAGCAGUGAAUGUGAACUGCUGAGAAGUAUAACCGCAGAAGGCCUAGAUUCAGAAUUACAUGAUUUAAGACUUAAUUUGAAGGCAAAGGAAGAAGAGCUCAACGAGAGUCUUAAUGAAAAGGAGAUACUGAGAUCUGAGUUAGAGGAACUAGACAAACAAAACCAGGAAGCGACCCAGCACAUGAUUUUGAUAAAAGACCAACUGGCAAAACAGCAAAAUGAAGGUGAUAUCAUCAUCAGUAAACUAAAAAAAGAUCUAAUUGAUGAAAAAAAGAGAGUUGAAGAACUAGAAGAAGAGAAAAUGAACAUUACUAAAGAGUUAGAGAUACAGAAAGAAAAAUUUGUUCACAGUGAACAGACCCUGAAUGAUUUGCAGGUAGCUAAACAGAAAAUUGAGAAUCAAAUAGAAAAUUUAGUAGAUCAGCUAAACAAGUCACAGGAGAACAACAUAAACAUCCAGAAAGAGAACCUCAAACUUAGGCAGCACGUGCAGGGGCGCGCGCAGGAACUCGAGCAGGAACUCAGCUGUGUCCAGAGCGAACAGGCUCAUUCUCCUGGAAGCCCUGGUAGGAGCGCUGAGAGUGACACGGUUACACAGCAGGCCACCGAAAUCAAGGCCUUAAGACAAAGUCUUUCAGAAGUAGAACAGAUGAAUGAAAAGUUAAAUAAGAUUUCUUUUGAUCUCAAGUUGGAAAAUGAAAAGUUGGUUUUAGCAUGUGACGAUACGAGGCGUCAGCUGGAAGAAGCUAUUUCUGGCCGCAAUCAGAUUUCUAUAGAAAAAGACACUAUAGUGGAGGCGCUGAGAGUGGAGAAAGAACAGGUAGAGGCAGAGUUAUAUCGCACCCAAAGGAGUCUGUCGGAGGAGGCAGACAAGCACGGGCAGACCGUGGAAGACCUGUCGGCAGCCCGCAGUUGCAGUGCCUCUGCUUUAGAGCAGGAACGCGAGCAUUCAGUUAGGCUCAGUCGAGAGAAAGACUUUGAAAUAGCGGAACUCAGAAAGACUAUUGAGCAGAUGCUCAGUGACCACAGUGAAACGAAAAAAACUUUGUCUUCUAGUUUAGAAAAGCAGAAGCAGUUGACACAACUUAUAAACGAGAAAGAAAUUUUUAUUGAAAGGCUAAAAGGAAAAAGCUCAGAGUUGCAAGAGGAAUUAAGAAAAAGUGAAAGUUUGAAGCAAGCGGUAGAGGAGAAGGAAAGGAGCCUCGGGUCUAUGAAAGAAGAAAACAGCCACCUGAAGGAAGAGCUCGCGCGCCUGCGGGAACAGCCGGGCCGGGUCGUGCCUGGGCCCGGGCCCGGGGCUCUCGAUGGGCCUCCGGAGCUAGAGCCUGAGCUGCCGCACCCGCACGCGAUCAACAACGACCUGGAGGAGGAGCUAAACGAAGACCAAAGCCAAAGUCAAAUGCGGCUGCUCCAGGCUUUGCAGGAGCAGAAAAAGGAGAUGGAUGAGAUCACAUACCAGCACGAGCAGAUGAGGACCACACACACACGGCUCUUUCUAGACAAGGAUGAGGAAAUCAUGCACCUGCAGAAAACAGUCGAUAGAAUCAAGGGCCAGUUGCGUGAAGGGAGACAGGAUAUCCCCACAGAGAAUUCGGAUAUUUUCCAAGAAACGAAAGUGCAGAGCCUCAGCAUAGAGAGUGGAAGUGAAAAGCAUGAUCUAUCCAAAGCUGAGACAGAGAGACUAGUCAAGGGAAUAAAAGAACGAGAGCUAGAGAUCCAACUUCUAAACGAAAAGAACAUGUCUCUGACUCGGCAGAUCGAUGAGCUGUCCAGAGACGAGGUCGGCAGACUGGCACAGAUCAUCCGGCAAAAAGACGUGGAGAUAGAAACUCUUCACGCAAGGAUCUCGUCCGCUUGUUACCCCCAGGAAGUAGUUUACCUUCAGCAGCAGUUGCAGGCCUACGCUAUGGAGAGAGAGCAGGUCCUGGCUGUCCUGAGUGAGAAGACGCGGGAGAACAGCCACUUAAAAACGGAAUACCACAGAAUGAUAGAUACAAUUGCUGCCAAAGAAGCAGCCCUCAUCAAGUUGCAAGAUGAGAACAGGAGACUGUCUGCCGAAUCUGAAAGCAGCAGCCAGGACAUGUUUAAGGAAACGGUGCAGAAUUUGUCUCGGAUCAUUCGAGAAAAAGACAUUGAGAUCGAUGCCCUGAACCAGAGGAGCCAGACGCUGCUCGAGGUGCUGCAGACGGCCGGCGCCGGCGCCGAGGCUGCGGAUGUCAGCAGCAACCAGUUUGUGGAGCUUCUUCAGGAACGCGAUAAACUGAGACAGCAGGUCAAGAAGAUGGAGGAGUGGAAGCAGCAGGUGAUGACCACGGUUCAGAACAUGCAGCACGAGUCGGCUCAGCUUCAGGAAGAGCUGCACCAGCUUCAAGCACAAGUGUCGGUCGACAGUGAUCACAGUUCCAAGUUGCAGGUGGACUACACUGGCCUGAUCCAGAGUUAUGAGCAGAAUGAAACCAAACUCAAAACUUUUGGCCGGGAGUUAGCACAGGUUCAGCAGAGCAUAGGGCAGCUCUGCAACACCAAAGACAUUCUCUUAGGGAAACUCGAUAGCAUUUCCCCCCAGCUCUCUGGAGCACCUGGCGCUUCACCGUCUGUGGACUCUGAUGGGACAGUGAAGUCAGAGCGACCGAGCGACUCCUCUCGGUCGCGUGAGCUAGAGAUAGAGGAGCUCAGAAAGUCACUGCAGGAGAAAGACGCAGCCAUCAGAACUCUCCAGGAAAAUAACCACCGGCUGUCCGACUCCAUUGCUGCCACCGCAGAGCUAGGGAGGAGAGAACACAGACAGACAGACUCACAGAGGCAGCAGCUGACGGAGAGGCUAGAUGUCUUACAGAAGUCGCUGACUGAGAAAGACCUCUUAAUCAAAGCGAAAAGUGACCAGCUGCUUUCUUUAAAUGAAAGUCUCGCUAACAAAGUGAGCGAAAAUGAACUCCUGAGACAAGCGGUAACAAACCUGAAGGAGAGGACACUGGGUUUAGAACUGGAUAUCUGUAAGCUCAAAGGGGAGAACGAAAAGCUCGUGGAGACGUCCAGGGGGAAGGAAGAAGGGUUUCAGGCCUUGCAGGAGACCAACAUGAAGUUCUCCAUGAUGCUGCGAGAAAGAGAGUUUGAGUGCCACUCUCUGCAGGAGAAGUCUCUCACUUUGGAGCAGCUACUGAAAGACAGAGAGCAGGGCAAGACCGGGGAGCUAAACCAGCUUUUAAACGCAGUUCAGAAAAUGCAGAAGGAGACGGCUGUGUUUCAGCAAGAGAGAGACCAGGUCACGCUGGCACUGAAGCAGAAGCAGAUGGAGAACAGUGCCCUGCAGACCGAGGUUCAGCUUUUACGUGACAAGGAAUCACGCUUAAACCAAGAACUAGAGAGAUUGCGGAACCACCUUUUAGAAUCAGAAGAUUCCUACACCCGGGAAGUGUUGGCUGCUGAGGACAGAGAGGCUAAACUCAAAAAGAAGGUCUCGGUGUUGGAGGAGAAGCUGGCUUCGUCCUGCAGCGCAAUGGAAAACGCAAGCCACCAGGCCUGUGUGCAGGUAGAGUCGUUGCAGGAACAGCUGCACCUGGUCUCCGCGCAGCGGGAUGAGGCCGCGCUGCAGCUGUCUGUGGCCCAGGAGCAGGUGAAGCAGUACUCGCUGUCACUCUCCAACCUGCAGAUGGUGCUGGAGCAUUUCCAGCAAGAGGAGAAGGCCAUGUACUCUGCUGAACUUGACAAGCACAGACGGCGUGCGGCCGAGUGCCAGAGGAGGGCGGACAGUCUGCAGGAGAGGCUGGUGUCCGUGCAGGAGCGUUUGGAUGAAGCAAAUGCUGCUUUGGAGUCAGCAUCAAGACUUACAGAGCAGUUAGAUCUGAAGGAAGAGCAAAUCGAAGCGCUCAGAAAGCAAGAUGAGCUCCGAAAAGAAAUGCUGGAUGAUGUGCAGAGGAAAUUGAUGGACUUGGUCAGCAGCACGGAAGGAAAAGUGGACAAAAUCCUAAUGAGAAACCUUUUCAUCGGACAUUUCCACACACCAAAAAAUAAGCGUCACGAGGUGUUAAGAUUAAUGGGGAGCAUCUUGGGUAUCAAGAGGGAGGAGAUGGAGCAGCUGCUUAAUGAUGAUCAGGGCGGUGUUACCAGGUGGAUGACUGGCUGGCUUGGAGGAGGGUCAAAGAGUGUCCCCAACACACCCCUAAGGCCAAAUCAGCAACCUUUGCUCAACAGUUCUUUUUCAGAACUUUUUGUUAAGUUUCUAGAGACAGAAUCUCACCCAUCUGUCCCACCACCAAGGCUUUCUGUUCGUGACUUGAAACCUUUGGAUUCACCAGGAAGGAGAAAACAAGAUGUAAACCUACCAGAAAGUUGUAAAGACACGACAGAGUCCAGGUCCGGCAGGAAGUCAGACGUGAGUCCGUUCCUGGCCCCUCGCUCUGCGGCUGUGCCCCUCAUCAACCCCACUGGCCAGGGCCCCGGUGGGCUUGAUCACCUGCUCCUGAAGCCCAUCUCCGACGUGCUGCCCACAUUCACGCCGCUGCCCGUGUCACCUGACAACAGUGCUGGUGCCGUGUUGAAAGACCUCUUAAAGCAGUGAGGCUCCUCAGUGGAGGAGACGUCCUAGCACUUUACAGACAACAGGACACGCCGUGCGUACUUUCUCACAAAGUGGCCUUCGGGGAAGAGUUCUGUACUGUGGUGACUCCUCUAAUAAAAACAUCUUAAUGUAUUUAGGAAUUUCAGGUGUCAUGACAAGAAGUGUUUGCUGUAUUUCCUGCUUUUUUUUUUUUUUUUUUUUUAACCUUCUCUGAUUUGGCUUAAUUUAAGCUAGAAACCUGCCUUUUAAUUUGCACAAAUCAGCAAAAUUAAAACAGAAAUAAACAGUAGCAGUAGUAGUUAUUUGCUUCCUCUUCUGAUUGCAGACUCACACCAGCUAGAGACGUGCUGUAUCUUUUAAAGAGUCGCAGGAAUCUGCCAGAGGAGUAGCAGCACGGCUUCUCUGUCAUGUGGGAAGUCGAGCUAAAGCCUUUCCUAGUCUCUGCAGAGAGCGCCGUGCAGGUGCCAGGGCCGGCGCUGUCCCGGGAGGCCCUGAGGGUCCUGAAGGGGAAGGUGAGCCUUCGGGUCUGUGUAAAGUGACCACAGCCUCAGUCCAGAUACGGCACAGUCUCAUCUGCUUCCCGCUCCCACCUGUAGCACCCUCCUGCUCCCACCUUGGCAGCUGCGGUCGAUAAAAUAGACUUUUUCUUCUCCUUUCCUUCUUUCUCUGUCUCUUUCUCUCUCUCUGUCUCUUUUCCUUCCUUCCUUCCUGCCUUUCUCUCUCCUAGGGCUCCAUUAGGCCCUCAAGCCUACAGAAUUCCACCAUUGCCAGCAGGCUAUCUUUGUCUUUCCUCCAGAUACAGGCCUAGAGAUAGGCAGAUUCCACAGCUCCACUCUGCUGCUUGGGACACUUCCCCUGUGUGUGGUGCUCCCACACAGACUCAAAGCCAGAUUCUGGCCUGUGUGACGUGUACCCUCUGCUGAGCUCACUCUCUCCCGGCCCCCAGACUGACCUCUGAGAGUGACUUUCUCACAGGGCACUAUGCGUCAUGCCCUGAGCACUCCUGCUGCGGCAGGUACAUCUGGGAAUCUGUUCCUUUCAAGUGUGGAGUCUGUCCUGUCAGCAGAGAGCUUGAUUUUCAGGGUGAUUGUGUCUGGGUGAAGGCAACUGUUAGUGAGCUGUUCCCUCACCCCCGCGCACACCACUCUCAGCACAAGAGUGUGAGACCUGUAGCCUCCUGCCUCUCUCUGAGCUGUGAGGUGAGAGACAGUGAUCCAGAAAGCAUCUGUGCCGUCAUCCUGGCCACAGAGGCAGUGAAGUCACUUCAAAAGCUCCAACAUUAGGGCCUUGGAACUGAAAUCUAAGAGAGCAUUUCUGUAAUUUCUUUAAAGUGUCUCAUAAAAUUGUAACUUGGAACUUAAUUAUACCAGGAUGUUCACGUGUAUUAGUUGAUGAAACUGUACAUUUAAAGAAUUGCGAACUUUGUGAAUUUCAAUAUGCCUUUAAAAUAGAAAUAUCUGUAUAAUAGUAGAAAGGGGAAAUGCUACUGAUCUGCAUCUGUAUAUAGGCCUGACCUGGCUGCUUGUGGUGGUUUGUAAGUUUCUCUGUGAUUAACUGUAAUGUCGCCUGAUUUUAGAAGACCGGAGGUCUUUAUGUGCUGGUAAGAGGCAAACUUGUGUUUCUGGAGAACUCAGUAGUGGGGACACUGCUGCUUCGGAACCUCACCUGUCUCCACACUCAGACACGUGCCUGUCCGUGACUUGUUCACUUGAGAGGAAGCUGCUCUCCGAGUUCUAUAUUAGAACUGACAGACAGACUCUCCUGUCCCUGCCGCCUCUUAUAUUUCUCUGUGAAACUAUGGCUCUUGGGCUUUCAUCUGAACCCUUCAAAGAUCCUUCAGUAGCCAUCCUCAAGGACUCACUGCUUGCCAUUGAAGUCUCAUUUCAGUGUGAAGCAUCUAAAAUAAAAGUUUCUGAGUUAAAACA